CCGCUGCAUGCAUGUUGGGAAUGCACAUUUCUCAACUUCGAGUGUUCUUGCUUUGUGGCUUUGGAGAAAUCUGAGGUCUCCCAUCUUUUGCACCUACACUCAUCGGGAGACUCCAUUAACGCAGUGCAUGGUCUUGCUAAUGCUGAUUUAUCACGUCUUCUCAUCAUGCUCCCUUCACCACAGAGUCCACAGGAUGAUUCUUCGCAUCGUUCGCAUCCGGUCAAACUUCGCAAUGCAUGUAACCAUUGCUGUGCGGCUAAGGUCAAAUGCUCGGGCGAAAAGACGGGUUGCGAAAGAUGUCGAAACACCGGCUCUCAAUGUAUUUACAUGGAAUCCAGAGUGGGCAAAGUUCCGGGAAUCCGAGCAAAAAGAAAACAAACAUUCAGCCAUGAACCUCCACAACAGCAAAACAGGACAAGGAAAAGUCUUUCUGCCGACCCUCUGGGGGGCUCUAUCAUUACCCCAGGCGAAAUCAGUCUGCAGAACCAUGAGCAAGAUACGAUCAUGGUGUGGACUAAUGACUGGAACUUUGAAGGCCCCGAUGACUCCGGCAUUACUCAUACCACUCACCAUAGUCUCAAUGAAGCGCCAUCGGGCUCCUUGGAGUCUACCGGAGCUCCCACCAUGGGUGAAGACUGUCGUCCAAUGUUAUAUGCAGGCUUUGAGGAGCUAUUGAUGCAAGAGCCCGCCACUGGUGCUCAACUCCCAGAUCAUGCGGCAAGUGUACGCUCCCCUCAGAUGUCCAUGUCCCUUGGGCGGCAGCCAAGAGGCGAGAUCGACAGUCAAUGCUUGUUAGAGUGCUCUCAGAUGAUCACCGACCUAGAGACGUAUAUCAUGACAGACCUUCAGGCUUUCAAAAUCAUCAUGGGAAUUGUCAAGAAGGCACUCGAGAAAGUCAGUCAACUGGUUAGACUUCAGCAGGCCUCAAGUAAUCUUCGAUGCCUCCUCUUGUUCACCACCCUCAUGUAUCAGAUCCUUGAGCUCCUUGAGGUCUGUGUAGUGACUGUCGAGGCCGAAAGACAGCGUCAGAAGGAUUCUAAGUUAGGUGAGGGUCCUUCUAUUUUUACGUUCGGGGACUUUUCUGUCGAUGCCGAGGAGCAGUCAGCCUUCCGAGUUCAAAGAAUGUUGAAAGAGGUUCGGCAAGGGACGGAGACUAUCAAUAAACUGAGGAGCCUGGCGGGAGCAGAACUCAGUCCAAGUGGGUUGACCUAUUUAGUAGCAGGCCAGCGACUUGAAGCUGGGGAUUAUUAUUCGGACCUCGAGAUGCGAUUCAGAACUCUUGCGAAUCGGCUUGAGACCAACAUGUAAAUAAUAAAGAAGGCC